AUGGCCAAUAUCAUCGCCGCUCAAGCUCCUCCAUCGCUCUCCGUUCCCUCAGAGAAGGAGAAAAAAUACGAUCGUCAGCUAAGGCUGUGGGCUGCCAGUGGCCAGGCCGCCUUGGAGUCUGCCAAUGUUCUUCUUCUAAACUCAGGUUCGGGAACAGUCGGCGUUGAGACUCUCAAAAAUCUCGUUCUUCCAGGUAUCGGCAAGUUCACCAUUGCCGAUGACGCCGUCGUUACUGAGGCAGACCUCGGUGUUAACUUCUUCCUUGACGAGACAUCACUGGGCAAAUCCCGUGCUGAAAGCUGCACCGAACUGCUCCUUGAACUCAAUCCGGAAGUUCACGGCGAUUGGCACCCCCGAAACUCUGAGACUUUGGACCUUCAACAUGUCUUGGCAAACAAGGACCUCUUUACGAUUAUCUUGUAUACCCUGCCCAUAAAGCCUGAACAUCUCAAAGCUCUUGAGUCCUACAGUCGAGAACACAAGACCCCUCUAGUCGCUAUUCACUCGAUCGGCUUCUAUUCUUACUUCAGUAUUCGGCUCCCAGGAGUCUAUCCAAUUGUUGACACUCACCCAGAUGUAACUGCGACAGUAGAUCUCAGGCUCUUGGCACCUUGGGAAGAGUUGGAAGCCUUCGCUGAUGAAAUGACCAACGACAUUGACAAUCUCGACAACCACGAACACGGACAUUUGCCGUACGUCGUUAUUCUUUUGCAUUACCUUAAAGUGUGGAGGAAUUCACAUAACGGUGCUCCGCCCAGCACAUACUCAGAGAAGGUGGCUUUCCGUAAGAUGGUGGCCGACGCCACCAGAACUAACAAUCCCGAGGGUGGCGAGGAAAAUUUUGAGGAAGCUGUUGCCGCCGUCCUGAAAACCAUUUCACCACCGGCACUCCCGGCUGCCGUCAAGCAGGUCUUUGAUUACAAGCACACCGACGAGUCCGAGGCCAAUUCGAGUUUCUGGAUCAUCGCAGCCGCAGUGCGAGACUUUUACGAAAAGCAUCAGUGCUUACCAGUACCGGGCGGGCUGCCGGAUAUGAAGUCACAGUCUAACAUCUACAUCAAGCUCCAAAACAUUUACAAGGCCAAGGCCCGUCAAGAUUCCGCCGAAGUGCUUGACUUUGUGCGUCAAAAGCCCGGUGGCGGGAGCGUCGAGCCGGCUGAAGUAGACAUGUUCUGCAAGAAUGCAGCCUUUAUCAAGCUGGUGAUCCCUGCAAAUGGCGAUGUUGAUCAACUACGAAGCGUAGCUGAACAGGAAUUCGCCAAUGACGAGCUGGCUAAGGAUGGUGCGAUGCCACUCUCGCUCCUGCCAAUAUAUCUCGCCCUCCAUGCCACAUCUUACACGGCAACGGCGACCCCGGAUGAUAUUAUAUCAUCCAUUCAGAAGCUUCUUCCGGGCGUCAGUGAGAAUGAGAGAAUCGUCCAGGCCGCCCAAGAAGUAUCCCGGGCUGGCGGCGGAGAGCUCCACAACAUUUCCACCGUAGCGGGUGGCAUGGUGGCUCAGGAGACGAUCAAGAUAAUCACGAAUCAAUACGUACCCAUCGAGAACACGUGCAUAUUCGACGGCAUUGGGAGCCGAUGUCAGGUCCUUCGCUUAUAA